AUGUCGAUCAAGGCCCGCAUGGCGGCGUACCAGGCGUCCUUGGCUGAAGACUCCAAGGAUGUUCCCACCAGCGCUGAGGUGUUUCUCCCCUUUCCAGCGCGCCCGGACGCCCUCGCCAGUCACAAAGCCGUCAUUGCCGCCCAGGUGAUUGCGAGCAAGCCGCCCGUCGACGCGCCUCGGACCACCCUGCGUGAGCGGCAGGCGGCGUACGCUGAGAGCACGGCGGCGAUCAACGCCGAGCGUGGCGUCGACCCGCCGCCGGGAGGAAAGUCGGCCGCAAAGCAGGGGAGCGAGCCGGCGGCCGUCGAGGAGCCGCUCGAGACGCUGCUCCCGCGCCUCGAGGCGGGCGAGGUCAAUGCGGUGGACCUCACUUUCCACGGCGAGCUGACGCGGCUCUCUCAGGCGGCCAAGUCGGAGGCAAUCGGCCGGCUGGCGCGGGCGGGCGAGGCCAUCGAGACGCUCAAGCUCAACUCGAUCGGGCUGGACAACUCGAACGCAGACGCGCUCGCGCACCUGAUCCGCGGCAAUGCCCGGCUCUGGGCGCUGCAGCUCGAGGGCAACGCCCUCACCGAGCCCGGCAUCGUCACGAUAGCCGCGGCGAUGGACGCGCACCCGAGCCUGACGGAGGUCUCCUUCGCGUCGCAAAAGGCGACCAUCUCGACGCCGGCGGUGUCGCGGCUGAUCGACGCGAUGGAGGCGACGCCGAACCUCAUCUCGUGCAACGUCGGCAGCCUGCGCGACGACACGAUGCGCCGGCGCCACCAGGCGGCCUGCAUGGCCAACACUGACAAGAUGCGGCAGCGCCGCAACGCGCAGCGCAAGGCGGAGGGCACCGCCGCCUCGGACGGUGGCGCAACGCGCCGCCGCUCGCUGACGGUGGGAACGACGCAGGCCACGACGGGCUCCAUCACGCGCGUGCUGGGCGACGCGACGAGGACAGUCGACUGGCAAGCCGAGGCGGCGCGCAUUGGCGCCUCGGAGCCCUUCGAGUACGGCCUCCCGCCAGACACGGUCGACAAGGCCGCCGCCGCCAGCGGCGGCGUCUACACCGCGGCCAACGGCCUGUGGGCGCGCGGCCUCCUCGAGGAGGACCGGGCGCGCGCGUCGCUCGAGGAGCGGCUCGGCGUCGUGCGGGCGUUCCGCACCAACCGGAGGAUCCACACGGUGCUCAUGCCCAACCUGGUCCCCUCUGGCACCGACUCGGACACCUUCGCCGCCGCGUGGGCAAGCAUCCUCGCCCUCGCGAGGGCGGUGGGCUCGCCGAGCUGCAAGCUGGCCGAGCUGCGCCUCGCCAACCAGCGCAGCACCCACACGCAGGCGGCCGAGGAGGCGAUGGCGGAGGCGGUGGCUUCCAACCCGAACCUCCGGACGAUGACGCUCAAUACGCGCUCGACGCGCGCGCGCGAGCAGAUCGAGAAGGCGUUGCAGGCCAACAUGGAGACCAUGCGCCGACAGCGGGUGGAGGGGGGCGCCGGCGGGGCGGAGGCAGCUGCCGCGGCAGGGAGGGAGGAGGUUGGGGGCGGCCUGAUCGCCGUCGAGGAGACGCGGGAGGAGCCGGACGCGCUGCUCGCCGCGCAGCUCAGCCGCGCCAAGCCGACGGCGGAGGUCGAGAUCGUCCGGUCGAUGACGUGGGCGCCCGCCAUGAAGAAGCAACAGAAGCCGGGCUUCAACAUCGGCGCGGCUGCGGCCCAGGCAGGGACGCACAGGCUCAACCGGGUCGGAGGGGGGGACGAGUCGCGCUCGUCGCUGCCGUCGCGGACCACCGCCGAGCCGGCGCAGCCCGCAGUGCUCCUCAAGCCGACCGCCUCGGCCUCCCUGGGGGCCGCACGCCCGAGCGACGUCGACAAGCCGAAGAGCGCCAUCGACGAGUUCAAAGCCAAGGCGGCGGCGCGAGCGGAAAAGGGCUCUCCGCAGGCGGUGCGCUCGAGCGGCGCGGACAAGCCAAACAGCGCGCUCGAGGAGUUCAAGGCGAAGGCGGCGGCGCGAGCCGCGGGCCUGCGCGACCCGGCUAGCAGCCUCCCGGACCCCACCACCACGCGCGUCGACUCCCCGAGCGCCACGCGCGGCUACGCUCCGUGCGCAAAGGUGGGAGGCGCGCGGCGAUCGCCGUCUCGCUCGAGCCCGCGGCUGGCGGCGCGGCAGGCGGCGCUGGAUGAGACAAAGGCGUCGGGGCCGAAGGUCUCGACCAAGCUCAGGCAGUGGCCGCCGCCCUAG